UUGAGGGAGACCUUCGGUGGAUUUCGGAGGGGUACGACUGAAAAAAAAAAAAAGUACAACCUAGAAAUCGUCGGAAUUAUGGUGAAAAUGAAGUACGAGUCGAGGUCAUUUAUCUUGAGGAUGGACUUGGAAUACUUAAAAGAAAGAGGAGGUGGUACUAAUGGAGACAGAAACAAGUUACACCACGUAACUUACGCCACUUUUUAUUAUAUAUUAUAUUAACAUAAAAGCAAACCCCUUGGACAAGACGCUUCUUGAGUGCUUUUGGGCACAAUCUGUCUCCAGAAGCCGUUGGUCGAGGAGGACGCAUCUGAGUUGCAGUGAUUCUUACCAGAAGGAACAAAUCUGACAAAAUCGACCAAAAAUGACUAAUUCUCAGAACGGUGAGACUGAAGAUAAGAAUCAGGGAGAGAGACAGGCAACGGUCUCGACAGGUGAGCAUCGAGAAUCACUCGGUAGUUCGAAUUCCGUACAAAAUGUGGAAGGAAAUGAAGAAUCUUCGUCAAAAAGGCCGGACGGAAUCACUUUACUUCAGGAGGACCAAGAUGGCGUACCAGAGGCUUCUUCGCCCGACUCGAAGUCAAAGGAACGCAGUGCUAUUGAUGAAGUAAACCCGUCUAGAUGCGCUGGUUGCCUCAGGGUGGUCAAGACGGCUCGUUUCCAGGUGUACCUCUCUCACUUCCUUUCGUCAUGGGGGGACAGGAUGUGGAUGUUUGCCGGUGGCCUCUUCCUCCUCGAGGUAACCCCAGGAUCCUUACGCUUAGCCGCUACAUAUGGUGCUGCUCUCGCCCUGACAGUCAUAAUCUUUGGAGCCCCAGUGGGCCGAUUAGUUGAUCGAACUUGUAGGCUUAAGAUGGCACAGGUCAGCUUGUGCAUUCAAAAUCUAAUGGUCUGCGUGUGUGCGGCGAUAUUAGUAGUGGUGACAACUCGGCGAGAAUGGUUUAAAGCGUGGGAUGGCUGGGCUCUUAUAGUUGCAGAGGGAUUUGUGAUCUUAACUGCUUGUAUUGCUCAAAUUGGAACGCUUGGAUCAAAGUUAACCAUUGAAAAGGACUGGAUUCUUGUUAUAUGUGGACAAGAUCAAACUCUUUUAGCUGGUAUGAAUAGUGUAUUGAGGUCCCUGGAUCUCAGCACUGAGGUUCUUGCUCCUGUAAUUGUGGGCACAAUCAUGAGUAAUGUAGGGAAUGCUGCUGGAGGUAUUGUUAUCGCAUCUUGGAACGUAGGAUCUCUUAUUGUAGAAUAUGGACUGCUUCACCAUCUGUAUCAUUCCAGUGAUGACCUCCAGAAGCCAAAGCUAAUUAGUGAUAUUGGUAAGGAAAUGGAAGGGGAUGAUUGUGAGGUGGUAGAUCCUGUUAGAAGUUCAAAGUGGGACGCUUUGAAAAAUCGUUUCGUAUCUGCAUGGGGUGCUUGGCUUGCCUACAUGAGACAUCCAGUCAGGAAUGCUGGCCUUGGUCUUUCGCUCUUGUAUAUGACUGUCCUUGCAUUUGAUAAUUAUUCCAGAGGUUUUGUGUUUGAAUCUGGUGUAUCAGAAACUGUUCUUGGUAUUCUGACUGCAGUAGCUUCACUCUUUGGAAUAUUUGGUGCUUUAAUGUACCCCGUUCUGAGAACCAAGUUUGGUUUGCCAACAACAGGCCUCAUUGGUUUUGGUUCAGAAACAUUCUGCUUGGUUCUCUGCGUUGCAUCGGUCUUUGCUCCUGGAAGCCCUUUUGAUGCAUCUGCUUUAAUAUACAGCAAAUCCACAGAUAACCAAAGUGAAAGUCCUGUAACUGCCAAUCCAGUCAUAACUUACGAUACAGCGUCUCUCCCAAGUUCAGUAAACGAUUCCAUUAUCGUUUAUUAUCAAAACGUCACGGAGAAGUCUGUCUUUGAAGGAGUGGAUGAAAGCGGUGGAGAGGCAGAGACAGACUUUACUUUCGUUAUUCUUCUUCUAACUGGGAUCAUCACAUCAAGAACAGGACUGUGGAUAGCUGACUUGUCUGUGACGCAGCUACUUCAAGAAAAUGUUGAAGAACAACAAAGAGGAGCCAUUAAUGGGGUUCAGUCUUCAUUAAACCAGACACUUGACCUACUUCGUUCAAUACUCCUUAUAAUUUUACCCACGAGGGCAACGUUUGGUUUCCUUAUAAUAUUGUCUUUUGUGUUCGUUACUAUAGGGUGGGCGCUAUUUGGUGUUUAUGCUCGAAAAGAAAGAGUAAAAUUGUCUUCUGUAAACAAAGAAGUUGAGGCAGUAGCUGUCUAAACACUUAAUGAAGCUACAGUAAUUGUACAAAUACCUCCUACUUAACCAAGUAACUAUAGUUUGGAUUUAAUUUUGUAAUGACAGCUGUCGGGUGACAGUAAAGCAUAGGUAAGUUACAUUGCAAUGCUUUUUUUUUAAAUACCAUUUUAUCAGGUUAACAUUUGGAUAUAAAUGCAGUUUCAGUGCAAAAUGUGUUACUUUUUUCUGGGAAUGGAUUUGGAUCUAGAAACACCCGUACAACAGUAUACAUAUCAAUAUCUCUUGAUGAAACGUGCCAUAGAUCCAAACCACCAGCAAAUCCGUGAGUAGGGGUGACCUAUUAAGGUUGCUUUCGAUACUUAAAACGCAAGUUCACAUAUGUAGUACUCCUUGUGGCCUAGGAAAUAUUUUUGAAGUCCUUCUAACAUAUCGCCAUAAUUUCUUACCAGUUUAUUGACUGCCAUCUCUAACUAAAGGAGAAUAAAGACAUUUGAUAUACAUUAAACUUUUUCAUACAAAUCAUUUAUUAUAUAAAGCCUUUGUUUGUAGUCUUUGAAAGUUCCUGGAAUUUCAUUCUUUUGUCAUCCAGAAUAUUUAUUCAUGUACAUGUGUACUACUGUACCACCAAUAACAAUAAUGUAAGAACCCUUUGCACCAUUCUUUGGAAAAUUUGAAGCAAAUAAUUUAGUGGCAUGAAACAUGUUAGACCCAACAGGAGGAGCCAAGAGACAAGGUAAAACAGAAAGAGCAAAGACAGCAUGCAUAACAAACAUAAAGGGGAGAGGUAGAGCAAGAUGCACAUCAUUAAUGCAGAUGUAUGGGAAAAACCAGGACAGCAGGUGCAGCAUAAUUGUGUAACAGCCAUAGCAUGAGCAGCAAACUGCAUAGCAACAACAGCAUAAACGCAACAGGAGGAGCAGAUGCAGCCGGGAGAGGUGAAGUUGAGGCACAGCAACAAUAGCCAUAGCAGAUCGUAGUCAAAACAAAAGGCCCAAAGCAAACAUGGGCAACAUUUAAUAGGAGAGCUGGUUCUGCAGGCAUAGAAGUAGCAGGCAGAUGCAAAGCAAUAGGCUCAGCAGUAGAAGGGAUAACAGUUGAAGCAGGAGAAGUGGUUGCAGUAUGCAGAUGCAAAGUACUAGGGACAGCAGCAGCA